UCAUUUUUUCUUUUUCAGAAAACUGUGACGGUUGAAAGUGAUAUACAGUAGUAGGAUGGCGGCAGAGCAGAGCUCGCAUCAGACUUCAGUAGUGGGUUCGGAUGAGAGUAGCAUCGUGAAGAUUGAUGAUGAAUUCGAAGGUGCGGGGACGUUCGAUAGACCAAGAUCUGUUGACCCUGAUGAGGUAACAUUCCAAGAUGUCGCGGACGCGUAUAUCAAAGGGAAGGACAUCACAUGUUAUUUCAAUCUCGGGGACAACGUUGAAAUGCGUAAUGGUGAUCGCAUCGCGAUUUUCAAAGUUCCCUGGUGCUCGAUCCACGAUUUUAUUUGCUUUCACUGGGCUAAAGAAGGGAAUGCUGAACUGAGACUAAAAUCAGGCCAUAGCCAAUCGCGCAAGGAGCAUAAGAAAAUCUUCGCUGCUGAGAAGCUUUCCGUUUUGUUGGCGGAUGAAGAGACGUAUUAUCAGUUCUGUUAUGUGUCGGAGGACGGCGACAUUAUUGGCAGGAGCGAAACGUUCCAGAUUUUUGUGGAAAAUAAGGCUAUGAGCUCGUCGAUGAAGACCUCUAUCAUUGAGGGAUGCCAAGAUUGUGCUGAGAUGAAGCGUCGCAUUUCUUCGUUGGAAACAGUAUUGGCUGAAAGCACGAGGGACAAGGCUGCAGCAGUCAUCAACGAAGCUAUGGCGGAUGACCUUCAAAAACUGCGGGAACGAGUUCGUGAGCUCACGGAUCAGGAGCAUUGUCUGAAAGAAAGUCUGAGGAAGAUCCAUGCUGAUUAUGACUCUGUUGAGCAGGCCGUUGGUGGUUCAUCAGAUGAGCCUUUGCUCUCGAAAAUUGCCGCUUUUAAAGUGAACAAAGAAGAAUUUGACGCUGUGACAGAUUUCGUCAGUCGGGCUUCUAAAACUGGCUUGGCAAGUAUCAGCGAGUUCCCUGGAAUCAAGAACAAUCCUGUAGUGGACUACGUGAAAAAUAAGGUAGCCGAGGUUGAAGUUCUGCAAGAAUUGAUUGAAAGGAAGGAAUCGGAGCUGAAUGUCAUCAAGGAUGAGCUGAAGUUUGUUCGAGAAAGUUCCGACGAGUUGCUGAAAGCCAUGAACGACGAAAUGGACGCUAAGGUCCGUGUUCUUGAGCGCACUGUCCAGAAUCUUCAAGAACAGAACAAGAAGAACGUGGAAGUGAUCGCUACUGUCGGCGUGAUACACCACAAUCGUCGCAGUAACGUGGACCGUUACCUCCGCCAAUUGAUGGAAUCCGACGCGCCGGAAUUCCAAAUUGUCAGAGAUAUGCAUCCCAAGGUGAUGGGUUACUUGCUUGACGAAGACGACGUCGCCAAAGUGCCAGCUCCCAAGGUCUUGUCAAUCGACACUGACACUCGUGAUUCCGUGGAACGCAGCGUUUCUUCGCAAACGUCUCCGGUGUCCGAGGAGAAUGCGGCUGAAAGACUCGUGGAAAAGAUUGUUCCUGCGAUCACUUCAGUGGUAGAGACCGCGGUGAAGAAUGCGAUGACAACCAGUAUGAUGUCCGUGGACUCGGAACCUACUCCGAUCGCGAAUUCUUCGCAAGUUGACGUUGAGGCUGAGGUGGAGAAAUCCGAUGAACCUGAGGAGGUGAAAGAAGAAGAACUAGAAGUUCAACAAGCAGUCGAUACGACUGAGGAAAGCAAAGACGAAACCGUUGCCGAAAAAGAAGAAGAAGGAGAAGCAGCAGCAACUGCGCCUAUCCCGGAAAUGACUCGUCGUAUGGAACCACCUGCUCAGAAUUGUUAUCCAUUUCCUGCUCCGAUCCCGGAAAUGUCUCGUCCUCACGCUGCAUUCAUGCACGGUGUUGCCCCUGAGCCCGUCACGGUGCAUCCUCUUCAUCCAACAUAUGGAGUCUACAGACCAGUUCUUGCCCCUGGGUUUUUCCCACCGAAUCGUCCUGCUGUUCGACCGAUUCCUUUGCAUCAGGUUAUUCUAAAACCCCUUCGGCGGGCUGUUGGCAAGACCGAGAAAUCCCGUGCCAUGGGACCAUCUUCGUCCGUCAUUCCCAAUGACUCCGCCAUGGGAAAUCGGCGCUUGUCCGGUCAGGAAGACCGUGGUGUUGCCCGUGAUCCUGUCAUGGUGCGACCUCUUCUUCGUCCUUCAUUUGGAGUCUACAGACCACUUCUUGCCCCUGGGUGUUUCCGACUGAAUCGUCCACCUGUACGACCAAUGCUUAUGAAUCAGCGUGCGCCGAGAGCGAUGCAAGCUGAUGCAGAACAGGCUGCCAGAAAUGCGAUGGACGCUGUGAAUCAGUCUGCUGCUGCGGCAAUGCGAGCAACUGAUGAAGCUGUGCGCAAUGCUGCUCAUGCCACCAGACAAGCAGCUGCUGCAGGGGUGGAAGCUGCGCGUGUUGGAGCUGAAAUUGCUGCCGGAUUAACGCGUGCCAAUGUGGGUCAAUCUGAACCGGACGUGCCCGUGUUUUGUCCGAUCUGCAACAUGGCCUUUCCUGUUGGAGGGCAAACAACUGCGGCGAUGGACCGCCAUUUCGAAGACGAGCACUGUGACUUUAAGUGUCCGAUUUGCUUCUUGGAAUUCCGUCGGGAACGUGAAGCUGAGUUUGUUUCUCACGUGAAUGACUGCGUCUGCGUCAAUGAACCAGAAGAGAAUGAAGAAUCCGAGCGCAGAUCAGCUGACGAUUUCUCUUGGAUUGGCUAAAAGGAGCACGAAGAUGACAAAGAAUCGGCGAAUCGCAGUGUACACACAUAUACAUACCGUACUACGCAUGAUGGAAUGGUCAGAUCCGAGUUCCGGUAGAUUUGAGAUCGAAAAAAAAAAUAACGCACCGGCGUAGAAUUCUUUGACGAAUGAUGACUUUCGACUUGAUUGUGUGAAAGGACCGACAAGUAGUUGUUGAGAUCCGAAAGAGUGGAAGCUGUGCGAAACUGUGGUGGUUCGAUGAGCUCAUUUUUCUGUGACACAUGUUUUCGAGGACUUUAAGGAAAUUGGUGGAUUCGUUUUCGAAAGGUUAAUUUUGUUACGUUACUUCUCUCGACGAAGGGUAUUUGAUUUUUGAUUGUGAUCGCUUUUUGGGUGACAUACGUGUCGAUGGAGUGUGUGUGUGUGAGUGGAAGAUGCUUUGUUUAAUUUUGAUUAUGGGCUGAACUCGGAUCGGUUAAAGAUAAAGUGAGGGAAGGGUUCCAUCUUUGUCGAAUACUGUACUGAGAACAACAGGACUGAACUGAUUUGAAA